UAACUUUGAACUCAGAAAGUUACAGAGAGGGAGAGAGAGAGAGAGAGAAGUCUAACAGAGGGAAAACUAGCCUUUCAGCUUUUUAAAAACAGGGAGCAUUUUCGGUGAGGAACGGCUGUGCACGUUUGCCGACAGGAAAAAGGCAAUUUAAAAGAUCUGCAAUGAAGGAAAUGGUAUAUUGGAAAAAAAAACCCAACAGAAUGGGAAUUGGACAUGCAAGAGGGGAAAAAACUGCUUGAAAAUCCUUGACACUGUUCGACUGUGUACACACCAUAUAAUAAUGUUUCACUUAUUGCUUUCUUCUUGAAUACAUUUCCCCCCAUGACACUAUUGUGUGGAUUGGGCAAUGCUUCUGGAAGGAUUGUUCAUCCUGGAGUCCUGUAACUUCUUACCACGGGAAAACUCAGGUCCAGAGAUGACAGAGAGAAUUUGAGCUAUUGCUGGAGAAAGCCUACAUUUUUCUUUGCAUUUCAUGCUGAAGAAAAAUAGCCGCUCUGACUGCUAUUACAAUGUGGAAAUGGGGCGAAAUUAGAAACUUAAGGUGGCCAUGUCUUGCUGGCAAAUUCUGCCUGGACGGAGAUGGUGUCGACUUCGCCCAUUCCUAGUAGUGCUGGCACUGGCUGCCUGCCUUUUUUACCAAACCCUGACACCUUUAAGAACGAGGAGGUAUCUUCCAGCAGUUGGCAAUGGGGUUCUAUCAAACAAAGUGGUUGAAGGCCAGCAUAGGACGCACAAGGAAGUCUCUGAGAAGCAAGUCCAUUGCUUCCUUUCUUCAAACAACCUACAAGCAUGGAAGGAGACUGAGGACGCCAUUUUUAAACACUUUAGAAGCCAGACAAGAGCGGUUAUACUUUACAUCCUCUCUUCUGGCAAUAAACAAGACCUUCAAUUAUAUCGACAUAUCCUUGCACAACACAAUUAUGUGGUUACAGUCCUUGAAGAUGGGAAACUGAGCAGACAUGAAAUCCCCAAUCAAGAAUUAAGCUCCUGGGAUCUUUUGAUUUGCCUGUCUUCCCGAAAAGCUGACCAUGAAAAUUGCUUAAAUAUAGUGGAAUCGCAUCGGCCGAUGUUAUUGCAGAAGGCAAAUGUCCUCCCCUCAAUACAACAUCUGCUUUGUAGAAAGGAAGGAUUGUGCCAGAUAGUGAGAACAUUUCCAGAUUUGUAUCUUCCAGUUGCUCUCCCUGCUUGCCCAGAAUCAAAUAUGGUAUCUCUUCAUAUUGUGAAACCCCAUGAUGAUAAUGAACCAACAUUGACCCAAAUGUUGUACCAGCCCAUCACGAAUGUUCAGCAAUAUCAAAUACCAACUGAAAUUGACAAUAAAGGUGCCUUUAAAAUUCAAGAUCUUUCACUCAUCAUCAAAGUGUAUGUCCUGGUGACAUCUUUAACACCUCUGAGAGCAUUCAUUCAUUCAACUGGUGUUGUCUCUUAUGCUCCCAAGAAGAAGUACUUCUCAGUCAAGCUGCAAGCCUUUUUUGAGACCAUAUUCACAACCAGCUCCCCUCAGCAGGCUUUGGAUGACAUGAAGGAAGCAAUAAACAAACUCUUGUUGAUAACUGAGGUUUUAAGUGAAGCACCUUCAUCUGGACCAAAAUACUCCAGCCAAUGCACUUCGUGCUUUCAGAUGCUAACCUUUGACAUUGGCUUCAGUCCUUCUAUGCAUCCAAUUGUUCUUGAGGUACAUGAGAACUUUGACUUUCCAGCUGAUGAAGAUUCAACUUUUCAGGACCAAACUGUUAAAGAAAUUCUUCUUGGAGACACUUUUAGGAUGAUCUCAUCCAAUCAGUCUUCUUCAAAGACUUUCUUCAAGGCUUUACAGAAUGUAUACCGAUCAGGAGGGAGCAAGAAUGAACUUCAUGAGAAGGAACUGGAACUUUGUCUGACUUUAGAAGAACUAAAUCCAUUGAUAAGUUUUAUACAGGAGUUUCAGAAUCUAGGACAAUUUGAAGUGCUUUUCCCCUCUACUAUUCCCAAGAGCAAUUUUUUGCUGCAUGACCUUUAUCGGAUGGUGAAUCCAGGAGAAAAGUUUGGCUCAGUCCUGGCUGCUCACUGGGUCCUCUCAAAUUUACUUGAACACUUGCAAGUCAUUAACAGAGCAGUACACACAAAUCGGCCUGGAGGGCAAAACAAAGAAGUGGGAAAUGUGUCUUCGAUGACAGCCAGAUGGUCAAGCCUUAGAUCGUCUUACUCAGAAAAACAUAGCAUUAAAACAAGAGCUUCUUAUCCAUUCAGUGAAAACCGGGAAGAUUUGCGUUUUUUAAAUAUGGCUAAAGAAAUACACUGCAGUCAUGAUAAAGAUACUCUACCUCAUGUCAAGCAGAUCUUUACUACUCCACAUUUGGAUUUAAAUCCUAAUUUUGACCCAAAGAUCAAAGAAUACUACUCUGAAGUCCCAUUUGAUGUUGUGACAAUAAUGAUUAGAGCAGAACCUGCCAAUUGUCAGUGUGAAGUUCACCUGGAUGAGAAGAAUGGGCCAAGUGUUGCAAAUUACCCACUUGGCCUAGGAAUAAAUAGAGUGAAUGUUCUGGUAAUAGAUGUGUCUCAAUCAGUCCAUGAGGUUGUCAGCAUCUACAGACUUAUCAUUUUUCGAGAAGAUCGUCCUAGUUUGCCACUGUUCAAUGACUUCAUGGUGUGUGGUUUUGUACAGGAUUGUGGCUCAUUAAUACAUCCUGAAGAAUCCUGUGGUUUGCAGCCUCUCUCUGCUGACUAUUUGUCAACCAUUUCACAGCCACAGUUAAAAGCAUGUGAUGCAGGGGACACAAAAGGACAAUGGAUUGUGCCUUGUCUUAGUUGUUCUGACAACCGAACUUGUGACUGGAGACAAAUAACAUGGCAGCCAUACAACUGUCAAUAUCCUGUCCUCAGCAAACUGGAACUGCAACAAUGUGUGGAAAGCAAAAAGGUCCUUUUCAUUGGAGAUUCAACUAACAGAGGAAUGAUGUAUUACCUGAUAGAGAGAGUGAACAAGACUCUGCAAGAAUGGCAAAAAGCUCAUGACAUGAAGUUUUAUGAUAACAUAAAUGAAAGGAAGACUUUUAUCAGCUACUCAUAUUACCCCCAGUUUUGGAUCAGUGUAAACCAAAGACCAACAUUUGAAAAAGCACUAGAGCAGCUGCUUCUCAGAUCACAGCCACUACAGAACACAGGCCAGACUAUAUUAGUUGUUGGUGGGGUCCAAUGGCUUAAUUUCAAUCACUUACAUAUUAUUCAAAAAGUGCUCAAGCGAGCAAAUCUGUCAAACAUCCAAGUAGUGAUAAAAUCCUUGGGAAUGGGCUUUCACCUGCCCGUCAAUGGAGUGCACUAUCUGUCUCCAGUGGAAGUGCAGAAUUUGUGGAAUGAAAAUCAAGCUAUUUUGAACACAGCCAAACAAUAUGGCUAUGAAGUGGUUGAUACUUUUAUUAUCACUAUGGGACGGUACAAGGAAUUUUUGCAAGGGAAAUGUGGAUGCCAUUUUCAUGAGGUGGUAAAAUCCAAAACAUCUGAAGGAAGUUCUCCCAUGGCAAUGAGAUUUUCAAAGCCCUAUGCUCUGGGUAAACAUUUCAACAACCAAAGCAACCUGGUAAAACUUCAAGCCUAUGCAUCCAAUUCUCAAUCCCCUUAUCAUGUGAGAGGUCCGAUAAACCAGGUUUAUUCAGAAAUACUCCUCAGCAGGAUCUGUGCAAAUGACAGGAAUGUUGCUGGAUUGUAAUUUUGUAUGGGUGAACUGUCAAGCUCCAGACUCUGUGCUUUUCCCAUGUGGUGUUCCAAACGCCAUACCAGAUUUAUUACAAACUUCUCUGUGUGGCUAAACAGACCACCAACAUAACACAACACAUGUGACUGUUUCCACAAUGUCUUAUAAAACCAAGAUGUGUCCCUACAUCUGUGGUUUUAGAAUAAGAGACACAGAAGAUGAGAAAGGGUGGUGGGGAGAAAUCACUUGAAAUAUUGCCCAAAAAUAUGUUUUAAGCUAAGUAAAUGCAUGUAUAGUUGCCCCUUCUUUUUCACAGGGAUCUGUUCAGGACCUCCUCGUGAAAAUGGAGUUUAGCUUAUAUUCAAGCCCCAUUGGCUUGAAUAUGGGCACGGGCAUACAGGGGCAUGCCACAGGGGCUCACCCCAUUCAUUUCCCCACCAUUCGUCCCCCGAGAGAUGUGAGCCUGAAGACUGUGAGAACGGAUGGAGGACUGUAGAUAUAAGAGCUUUUAUAUAUAGAUAGAGAUAUAUUUUGUAGCAAUUGCUCAAAUAUAGGUACAGGUUAUAACACCUGUAAAGAAAGAAAAAUCUCAUUCCACUUUUAAAACUUUUAUGGCAUAGCAAAACAGCAAUAUAUGAAUAUGCACUUAAAAACAAGUAUCACAUUUUAACCAACAGAACCAGAACUAUAUUUCUGACAUUUGCACUUGGAGAAUGAUGGCACCAGAUCUCUUUCAAUGUUGUCCUAGUGUUUCAUAGUGACAAUUUCUCACAAUUUCUUUAUGGCUGGGUAAAUCAGGGUUGCAGGUUAAUCCCUUCACCUUACACAACAUCAUUAAUUGAAAUAACUAUUUGCACCAUGGUUGCUUCAUAAUCAAGAAAAAAGACACUAGGAGUUCUAAUCCCGUGACAUAUAAUUUGACCCUUAAUAUGUUGGUUUCUUACUUGGUUGUCCUCUGUGUUUCAUAUGCAGCACUGUUCGCCAUGCAUGCAUGGAUGCUGCUUCUUCUCUUUCCUGAACCAUCCUUGUGCAAUGUGUAACCACAGUGCACAAUUACAACUAACAAUAUUUCUGUAUGCCAACUUCACUUCCGUCACUGUUAGCAAACUACCUCUCUUGUGCCAUGAGAACUAAUUGACCCCACAUGGGUAAUGCGACUUAUGGAUGUGUACUUCACUAACGGGAUACCAGCCUUCAUAAAUUAAAAGGCAAACUCAGAGUUUCUGUCUGUAUAGAUAUGUUUUUAAAAUGGCUGUACAGAAAUGAUUAUGUGGUCAUCUCAGAAAUAAACUCCAAACAGAAAGGAUCCUCUCAUAAUGGUGCCAAAGAAAUGUUUGAAAGGAAGGCAGGCCUGUUUUAUUGCACAGUCUUAAAAGUCUCUACCUUUAGUGUUGUUAAAGUUUUGUGUUCUCAUUUUUAUUGUCUUCUUUACAGCUUUUCAUUUGUAUAUCAUUUGCUUGUUGUGUGCUAAAUUCCCUUGCAACAGCAGCAAAAACUGAAAAGAAGGGUGCCUGUAUAUAUUGAAAGCUGGGUUAAAAUUGGAUUCUUACUUUUUAAAAAAUCAAAAACAAAGGAAUUUAGAAUGAAUUCUGGUCUAGUUAAACUUCCUAUUGUUGACUGUGUAUUCACCAUUAUAUGGUUUUAUUUUUCUGUUGUCCAUUGUGUUAAAUAUUUCUCAGAUGUUGCUCUUCUGAAAGCAACUUUCCAAUGCUAUAUCUUAUACAAAUAUAUUUUUAUAUAAGGUUAUCAUUGUAACAUGUAAAGCAACAUAUAUUUAAUCAGGUUUCCAUCUGUAGAGUCUAAUAGUUAAAGAAUUUUCAGGGUAAUAGAAUGGAAAAAUAAAAAUGUUCAGCACAUUA